AUGGCGGCUAUGAUUGCCAGGGGAAGGAGCCCAAAGACCCUGAAACUUUAUUUCUAACGGCCCCGCAGAGGAAUCUGUCCCUUGCGAAACGCAGAACCAUAACCCUAUAGCGGAUUCAGGGGAGAAGAAGUUCUGUAGUGUGAGAUUAACGCGGUCGAUGUCCAGAUCCAGAAGGUGGACGGACUUUACGACUUGCUAGUUAGCCUGCCGUGAGUGCCACUGACUUUGAUUCAAGGUAGCUGUUAGCUCACUGCACAACUAGCCAGCUGUUGGCCACUUGGCUUGGCAGCCUAGUAAGUUCACUAAGUGAUUAACAGCGUGAAAUCAUUCCUCAUUUGAACCGUCAACUUGGUAACGAUACUGUUUGUUAGUGAAUAAUAUUAAGGACGUUUUUAAAAAAGAGUGGGACCACACGACAACAAGUCGACACAGCGUGUUGUGAACAUUAUUACAGCUAACCUCACCGUUAGCUAGGAAGUAACGCUAGCUAAGUUGGGAUCUGAAGUCUCGCCCAUUUUUGGAUCUCGGUCCAAUCAUUGGCUAAGGGCUAAUCAACAGCCAACUAGUCUGGUUUCCCGGUUCACUUGGUACUACGAUGGAAAGUCUAACGCUGAGUGAUGUCGAGCAGAAAUAUUAUUCGGAAUUGUUCGUUUACUGCGACACGGACAACACCAAAAAAGUAGCUUCCAAUGGGAGAGUUCUUGACCUUUUCCGGGCGGCCCAGCUACCCAGCGAAGUUGUCCUGCAGAUCACAGAGCUAUGUGGAGCCACUCGGCUGGGUCACUUUGGACGGAGCCAGUUCUACAUUGCUUUGAAGCUCAUUGCCAUCGCCCAGUCUGGGCUGCCCCUGAGGGUGGAAAGUCUCAACUCGGUUAAAGAUCUGCCAUUGCCCAGGUUCGUGGUAGGGAAGAAUGAGGCAGAAGCGAGACACGCUGCACUGUACCAGGAUACAGACAGCCAGGGUUUGUACCCAGCCUCUGGUACUGCUGUUAUACCCAGACCACCAGGCAGGGGUCACCAGAACAAGAAAGGCCCCCCCUCAUCCACUUCUCAUCCUGUCCAUGAGGUCAUCCAGCCCAUAGCACCCAGCAUAGAACAACAGCCCGAACCGACAUCGCCGGUCGUUUCGCCACACCAGUCUCCCCCCACCUCCCCUCCCACCUGGAGGAAACACAAGCGGCAGCAUAGUGGAGGUAACAUAGACAGACAACCGGCGGUGGCUGCAGCCGGAGCAGUGUGGACGCAGUUCAGAGAACAACAAACGGGUCCAGUUACCGGUGAUGGCAUGUGGUCGUCACAUUCACCUCCUCCUCCAAGUCAGGAAAGUUGGGUCAGUUUUACAGCAGACACCCCUCCCUCCACGCUCCCAGCAAUGCACCCCUCAUCAGUCCAGGAAAGCACAACGAUACGAACUGUGGCUUCCGCUGCAAUGACCAAUGAGAUCCAGCGACAGUCCAGCAGCUACGACGAUCCCUGGAAGAUCACAGAUGAGCAGAGACAGUAUUACAUUAACCAGUUCAAAACCAUUCAGCCUGACCUCACUGGCUUCAUACCUGGUUCAGCAGCAAAAGAGUUCUUCACCAAAUCUAAGCUACCGAUUUUAGAGUUGUCACACAUUUGGGAGCUGUCAGACUUUGAUAAAGAUGGAGCGUUGACCCUGGAUGAGUUCUGUGCGGCAUUUCACCUGGUUGUAGCCAGAAAGAAUGGCUACGAUCUCCCAGAGAAGCUACCUGAGAGCCUGAUGCCAAAACUGAUUGACCUGGAUGAUUCAGCAGAAGGCCCGGAGCCAGCUGCUGAUGUUGGAUACUCUGCGUCACCGGUAGAGGUCACCCCCAACAAGUCUCCCUCCAUGCCUUCACUCAACCAGGCGUGGCCAGAGAUGAACCAGACCAAUGAGCAGUGGGAGACGUUUAGCGAGCGCUCCUCCAGCUCACAAACUCUGACCCAAUUUGACUCUAACAUUGCACCAGCUGACCCUGACACGGCUAUUGUCCAUCCAGUUCCCAUCCGGAUGACUCCCAGUAAGAUCCACAUGCAGGAGAUGGAGCUGAAGAGGACCGGCAGUGACCACAAUCAUCCAACCAGUCCUCUGCUAGUGAAACCUCCAGAACUCUCUGAAGAAGCCAAGCUGCCUGCUUCCAUGAAGUUUGUCGCUGCCAACACUGUGGGUGAUGGUUACAGCAGUUCAGACUCCUUCACCUCAGACCAGGAGCCAAUCCCCAGGCAAAGGUCUCAGUCGGGUACGUCUCCAGAGGCUCUGAAGGUUGUAGCGCCACCUCCCCCUCCGCCCCGACCCCACCCUUCUCACUCUCGGUCCUCGUCUCUGGACAUGAAUCGCACCUUCGCUGCCACAUCCUCCACAGGACAACCACAGCCCUCAACAAUAGCUUUUCCCCCUGCAGUGCCUCCGCGACCACUACCCACACAAACAUCAGUACCCCUCACAGGGCAUCGUGUAGAAGCUGAAGGCGUGCCUGGUGGGGGUGCAGUGCUAACCACCACCUCCCCCCAGCAGAUUCCUCAGCAGCCCAACUUCGCUGACUUCAGCCAGUUUCAGGCCUUCGCUGCCUCUGAACAGCCCUCCAGCCUACCUGAGGUCGAUAAACACAGUGAAGCAGGACAGGUGGACAAACCACCAGAAGGUGCCGGCCCUUUAAGAACAGUAAAGAGUGAUGGUCCAGCAGAUGAGAGAACUUCAGCUACAGUAAACUCUGCCAAGGGCUCGUCAGGCCCGCUGGCUCCACCACCAAAACCUGUUCGUCGGAGGUUAAAGUCCGAAGACGAGCUCCGGCCAGAAGACGAGCAGCACGGUCCGCAGAAAUCCAACCUUAUAGCAGCCGUCCUGGCCACUCAGCCCUCAAUCCCCAGAUCAGUAGGAAAGGACAAAAAGGCGAUUCAAGCUUCAAUCCGACGAAACAAGGAAACAAACACAGUGUUGGCACGACUUAACAGUGAACUACAGCAACAGUUGAAGGACCUACUUGAAGAGCGAAUAUCUUUGGAAGUCCAACUGGAGCAGCUUAGACCAUUCUCCCACCUUUAACCAACAUUUGGUGCAAAACCCAGCUGUAGUUAAUUCGAAGUAAGGCUGCGGCCCUUGAUGUGACUCCCUCCCGUCCUCCACUUCUCCGUCAUCCCGGCUUUCACUGGCGGCGCCAUCCUGCCGUUCAGGGGGUUCCAUUAAAACGCUCAUUUUCAAUCACACUGAUCGACCAGAAAGCAGACAAACCUGAGAGCACGCGUGGAGGAGGCAGAAGGGAGUUUUACAAACUGGCACUUUCAGUGUUCUCUGAAGAGAGGCGAAGGCGAGGAUGAUGGCGAACUCGGAGACGGUUCAACCAAGAGUCCAGUGUGAAGAUGAACUGCUGGUGUCUCAAUACUUUACUCUGAGUGACUGAAGAAGAAAUGCAGUGUAUUUGUUUAUGUAUGACUGUGUACUUGUGUUCCUGUUUAGUGACUUGGGGUAGCACCAGUAUGUUUGGCUCUGCCACACCAAACUACUCAAAAUCAGUUUUCUGUCUGAGUUAGAAAAGAUAUGAAAUUUCUUGCUAGCUUAGCACACAUUUCAAGUGGCAUGGUAUUCCCCAAUUUAGAAGGAGCUUUUGUUUUUAAAUGUCUUCCAGCUUUGUGGCGUGUAACCCGUCUUACUUCUGUAGUACUAAUUUAAAACUGGACAUCAGCUAUCAAGGCAUUUCUUCAGUGACCAUCAUCAAUAGUUAUAUUAAACACUUGCCACUUGGAAGUUAUUGGUUGUUCAAUAUUUACAGGUUUUGCUGGACAGAGUUGGGUGUAGUUUUGUUCUUAGUAAAACAUACUGGGCUAUUUCCAGACAGGACAUCGUCUGUGUGUGUGUUUGUGUGAGGCCUUUAAAGGCUCAAUCAGCACGGUGAAGGCUUUUUUGACUCAUCCUGUGACAUGCAUUCAGCCCUUCCUCAUAUUGUUCCUCCUAGUAUACAUAUAAAUAUAUAUAUGAGUGUGUGUUUUGUGUGGUUGAUGGUGGGAUGCAGUAUGGAAGUGCUGUGUCUUCUGUUUUUCUUCAUGUUACAGUGUUCGAGGAUUGACAUGACUGAAUGGUUUAACUUUAUGCCAAAUGACUGAACUAUCAAUGUUUCUACUCUUCUGGGGUUGUGUUUGAAGACAAAAAGCAGCCUCUUUUUUUUUUUCUUUUAGUUUGUUUCUUUAUUCCUUAGCUCAAGAUUUCAGCUUUUUUUAAAGUUUUUUGCGCCACCGUUAUUCUUCCCCUGCUUGGGAAAGCUUAUAGUGGAAACAAACGUUCACUUGAAGGGUAUGAAAAUUUCCAGCUGCUUGGCUGCAAAAGGCGGCGUUUAUGAAGAAUCGUGUUGCUGAUCAGAGAGAAGUUUUCCUGCAAUUUCUUUCUUGCCAACACGUGUGCACAGAUCCAAAUUGAUGGUGCAGGAGUUCAUGUAAAAAUUUAGCUGUUUCCAAUCAGGAUUGCAGCACUAUGCAAGUACAGGCGAUACAUCUACACAGACCAACUACACUUUAGCUGUUUAUACUAUGACAGUAGCAACUGUGUGAACAGUAUACUCUGGUUUUUGUAUCGUAGAUCUUCCAAAACACCAUCUACUGUAUGUUUGUGAUUCGUUUUGCCUAUUUUUUUUUUUGUUUUUUUUGUUGUUUUUGGUACUGAUGCACAGUCUGCUUCCCCCCGCUCCCAGCUCCAGAGGGAAGUAAACUCCAGCUCAGUGUUUUUAUCAGGGCAGUUUUACCUGAAAUCUGCAAGAUGUGACACUUUCUGGGUGGAGAUGAAGCCCAACAGGAGGUCAGUCAACAGAAUGGGAGACCUGAAUGAUACAACUGCACUUUGAACGCCCCCCCAACCCCAACUCCUUUAUUAUCUGUUUGUUGCUUAUUUCUGACCUGCAUGCUUGUUUUUGUCUUUCACGUGUUGGAAAAACAUGCUUUAAGAAAAAAAAGCAAAACUGUAAAUUCUUGUGCUAUUGUCCUAACCCAACCCCCCACACCCCUUUCUUUCUUUUUCUUUUUUCUUUUUCUUUUGUUUCUUUCUUUGGAUCGGUUCAUUUUUUUUAAAUUGCCAUUUUGUCCCUGUGCGUUGGUGAAGCAUCAGUCUUCUUAAAAGCCUUACUCCCCUACUGGCAUUCAGGUUUCCACAGCGGCUGACUGACCUCUCUUCCUUGUUGUAUCAAGGCUCGCCUUCUUUUUUUUUGUCUGCUGUUUAGGAUGAUGGUGUACUUUGCAUGUAUGUAUGUGUGUUUGUGUGUAUGUGUGUGUGUGAGAAAUUGUUUCCAGAACUGGAACUAAUACCAUUUAAAGCCCAAUUAAACACC